UCACCCGCAUGCGCGGAAGUACAAGUUGUAGUUAGCUUAGGAGCUAAUAAUUAUUUUUUGUUGUUGUGGGGAUUUAAAUGAAAACGGCUUCACUUUAUUCAGGUACCUCAGUCAUGUAUCUUUGUGGAAGGUGUGUUAUGUAUUUGCAGUCGAGACUGUUGUGUGUCAAAGCCCAGCAUGUUGACACGGCUGCUAAACUCUUCACUCUCCACAAAAGCCCGACUUCCAUCCCGACAGCUAUGCUUCCUCGCAGCAUCUCACAGGACUAUAUGGACAUGUGGAGAUCAUACAGGAUCCGGAACUUCAGCCAUCAGAGCAGCAGAGACUCAACACUCAGCAGCACAGAGGAGAAAAACCCAGAACAUGGUUUAGUGCCAAUAAAGAUCUCUGAACUUCAUCAGGUUUCCAGUGGAGCAGGACCAGUUCCUGGAGAACACAUCUCUAUCAAUUUGGAUGCACUGUCCUGUCCGUCUCCGUUUAAAGAAAUCAGCGAUGAAGAUGCCGUACAGAUCUUUGUGCCUCCUAAUCUUCCUCCCACCAGCAUCACACUCAGAGAUUAUGUGGAGACGUCAGAGACCUUAAAAAACCUGGUUCACUUGGGGGUUAAUCUGUCAAAACUAGAGGAGCGACCUAAUGUGGGCUCUAUGCUGGUGAGACUGGACUUCCAAAAGGAUGUGGUACCUCUGCUUUUUUUCUUAAAAGAUCUUGGGGUUCAGGACGUUCAGCUGGGACCGAUGCUCACUAAGAAUCCCUUUCUUCUGACUGAGAGCUUGGAAAAUCUCCAAACCAGGGUUUCAUAUUUAAAGUCAAAGAAAUUCAGUUCAGAGGCUGUUGCUGUGAUGGUGAGCAAAGCUCCAUAUUUACUGAACUUCAGUGUGAAAAGGUUGGACAACCGUCUGGGAUUUUUCCAGCAGCAGCUGGGCCUCAGUGCUCACAAGACCCGAGAUGUUGUGACGCGUCUACCUAGGUUACUGUGUGGCAGUUUGGAGCCUGUAAAGGAAAACCUAAGGGUUUGUGAACUGGAGUUUGGGUUUCACAGAAAUGAAAUCCAGCACAUCGUCACUGUAGUUCCAAAAGUGCUAACAGCUAAUAAACGAAAAUUGACACAUACAUUUGACUUUGUCCACAACACUAUGGGUAUUCCACAUGCUCUCAUUACAACGUUCCCACAGGUCCUGAAUGCAAAAUUUCUCCGUAUACGAGAACGACAUCUUUUUCUUCAGUACUUAGGCCGUGCUCAUUAUGACCCAGCUCAUCCAAACUACAUCUCUCUGGAGCGGCUGGUGGCCCUGCCUGAUGACACCUUCUGCACUAAAGUGGCGUUAGCCUCUCUGGAAGAUUUUGAACGAUUCCAAAAAACGAUGUAACAUAAAUGGCUUUGGUGUCUAAAUUAUUUUGAAUGUUUAGUAUUAAUAAUCCAAAGAAACAAGGUUUUAGUUGUCAUUUUUGUAAUUACAUGUACAGAAACGUACUAUGUACAUUUGAAUACAUAAUUUCUAAACUUCUGAAUUUGCACCCAUAUUUAUAAAUAAUGUCAGUUCAUGUAUUUAUGUAGAAAAUGAAUGAAACUUACAAUAAAUUCACAAAUGAAAAUUGCAUAUCUGUGAAAGGCAGCAGGUUGGGUCAUCAGCAUGACUUUGUUUACAGGGGAAAGAAAAUGUACGAACUGGGCUUUUAUAAGUCUUUAUAUUUUUGCAUGCUGUAUCAAUUUAUU